AUGGCGCCAAGCACCUUCACCGCCGCCCUCCUGCGGCUGUGGAUCGUCGCGCGUGCCGUGCGCCCCGGCCGAGAGGACAUCCAGCAACUCCUCGAAACAGAGGUAGCGCCUGCCGAUGUCCUCUCGACGGGAGAGGCGUCGACGUGGCUUUUCGACCCUGAGCCCGGGUUGCGUGAGAUGGCUCCUCCCGAGGCAGGUGCUGUUCUUCUGGAAGGAGAGUCAGCCAACUACCCUCACUGUGAGGGACUUCCGCGCAAUGGCAGCCACGUUAUUGACGUGGCGCUCAUCCUCAGCAGCAGCUGCACUUGGCACGCGCAUCCAGGGCUGCAGGUGACUCUCAAGGAGCCGCUGACUUUCCAAGGCAACUUGGUCUUAAUGGGUGAGAUACAGAUCAUCGGGGAGCAGGAGAGGGAUGGACCCUGUAUCAAUGUCAGGGGGCGGAUGACGGUGACAGCCGCCCGCGCCAGCUUCGUUGGCUGCAGAAACAGACUGAAGGAAGGAAAGGGCGGAGCACUUUUCAUCGAGCACGACAUCAUCACCGACAACAGCGACGUCAAGUUCGAGAGCUGCGCCGCAAAGCAAGGAGGCGGUCUCUAUGCCAAAGGCGGCUACCAUCAGGACGCUGGGAGUUCGGUGCUCUUCCAGAACUGCUCGGCAGACCGUGACGGCGGGGGUGCACACUUGGGGCAGAACUUCACACCGGGCCCCAACACCUCUGCCAUCUUCCGCAGCUGCUGGGCGGGAGAAUACGGAGGCGGCCUCCACGCCAAAGGCGGCUACCAGCAGGAAGCCGGGAGUUCGGUGCUCUUCGAGCACUGCUCAGCAAUGCUUGAUGGUGGCGGCGCCCAUGUGAAGAACGACUUCACACAAGGCCCCAAGAGCUCUGCCAUCUUCCGAGGCGGCCUCUUUGCCGACGGCGGCUACCAGCAGGAAGCCGGGAGUUCAGUGAUGUUCGAGCACUGCUCGGCAGAUCGCGGCGCCUUGGAUGGCCGUGGCAGUCGAGGCUGUGCAUGA